AUGGAUGACCAGGACAGGGUGAGCCAAGCAUCCAGUGUGGCCACUAUUUCCUACUUUCCCGUCAUAAAGGAAAGUGACGGAAAGGUGCAAACGUUUGGGAAACGGUGUCAGUCUGCCAAGAGAGACCCCAACUGUCCUGUGGUCAUCAGAGGAUGGCUCAACAAAAAAGACAGCUCUGGUUUGAAGCUAUGGAAGAGGAGGUGGUUUGUCCUCUCCAACUACUGUCUGUUUUACUAUAAAGACAGCAGAGAAGAAUCUGUGCUGGGCAGCAUCCCACUCCCGAGCUACAAAAUCCUGUUCUGCACACCCCGAGAAUGCAAGAACAGGAAGUUCACCUUCAAGGUGGUGCACCAGGGAAUGCGUUCUUAUUUCUUCAGUGCUGACACUCAGGAGGAUAUGUUGGGUUGGGUCCGAGCCCUCAGUCAGUCUGCUAUGAUGGAGCCAGACAGCUCCCUGAACAGGCGGUGCUCAAGCUAUCAGGAUUUCACACAGAUAGGUGGCAGCAGUGAAUCAGUGGACUUCCCCAAACCCCCGUCUGAUGGAGAGGGUCCCUCCCAAAAGCACAGGCACAUCAGCAGGACUCUGAGUGAACCGAGUCAGCUCACCGGGGGGAGGAUGGGGACGUCGCACUCCGAGCGCAGGGGGAGGCGGAGUGUGCGUCAGAGAAACAGCAGAACACCCAGCCCUCCUGAUUUUAGCCGAAGAAGGGUUUGUGGUCCAAACCAAGAGGAAGAGUCUCUCCCUGGCCAAAACACGCCACCCACGCAGACAGAAAUGAUGGGGACGGGCUCCUUGACCUCAAGAGGUCAGCUGGGUUCGCGACCUCACACACCGGUGGGACGGGUGGACAUUCGACCCCACGAUGACUCAGCCAUGGGGCCGCAGAUGCUGUACUACACACCUGCCUCACCGAAGCUGGAGUUCAAAUCCACCCCGAACACUCCAGGCUCAGAAAGGUGGCAGAAUCCAACACCUACAUAUGGUUCUGUCCAUCAUAUCUCGAGUGGGAGAAGACCUUUAGGAAAGAGCUACUCCACAGGGGCGCAUGCAGACUUACUGCCCCCUUUGCCCCCCUCAUCGAGAGCCACACACGCUCCCCACCCCCCACACCACCACCACCACCACCACCACCAUCACCGCAGCAAUGGCCCGAAGUCUGACCCGAGGGAAACCCCACCCAUCAGGCCUCUUGAAAGUGAUGCAGAUGUGAGCUGUGUUGACGAGGCUGUGUGGGUGUGA